GGGCCCGCGGCAGGGGGCGGGGUCGCGCCUCCUCCGCUGCUCUGGUUCCAGCGGAGCCUCACGGACACCGACAUGGAAAUCCCGAGGUUGCUCCCGGCUCGCGGGACACUACAAGGCGGCGGCGGCGGCAGCGGGCCCGCGGGCGGCCGGGCGCACGGAGGGCCUGAUCCACGGGCUGGCCAGGGCCCCGCGCGCCGCCUCCUACUGCUCCGGGGACCCCAAGAUGGCGGGCCCGGGCGGCGGCGCAAGCAGACUCGCGCAGCCUCACCAGGCCAGGGCCCGAGCCCGCUGGCGCCGAGGCCGGAUCACGCUGGUGGCGGCGACGACUUCUUCCUUCUGCUGCUGGACCCGGUGGGUGGCCACGUGGAGACCGCGGGCGCCGGCCAGGCCGCAGGGCCGGUGUGGAGGGAGGAGGCCGCGCCAGGCCCGGGACUCCAGGGACGCGAGCGCGGCGCGAACCCCGCGGGCCGCCCUGAGCUGGGCCCCUGCUGCCCGUCCGCGAGCCCCGCCCCGGCCCCGGCCCCGAUCCCCGCCCCAAGCCCGGGCCCCGCCGCGGCCUUCGCUGGCACCGUCACCAUCCACAACCAAGACCUGGUGGUGCGCUUCGAGAACGGGGUCCUCACCCUGGCCACGCCCCCGCCACCCGCCUGGGAGCCCGGGGUCGCGCCCGCCCCGCAGGCCGGGGGUCUGAUCAUCGCGCAGCCGGGCGAGCCACACGCCGCGCAGCCCGGCGACUGCCCCGAGCUGCCGCCCGACCUCUUGCUGGCGGAGCCGCCGGAGCCUGCGUCUGCUCCAGCGCCCGAGGAGGGGGCGGAGGGCCUGGCCGCCGCCGAGGGCCCCCGCGGAUCGCUGGGCCCGGGCCCAAGCAUGGUGCUGUACGUGUGCCCAGAGGCGCAGUGCGGGCAGACCUUCGCCAAGAAGCACCAGCUGAAGGUGCACCUGCUGACACACAGCAGCAGCCAGGGCCAGAGGCCCUUCAAGUGCCCCUUGGGCGGCUGCGGCUGGACCUUCACCACUUCGUACAAGCUCAAGCGGCACCUGCAGUCGCACGACAAACUGCGGCCCUUUGGCUGCCCGGCGGAGGGCUGUGGCAAGAGCUUCACCACCGUGUACAACCUCAAGGCGCACAUGAAAGGCCACGAGCAGGAGAACUCAUUCAAGUGCGAGGUGUGCGAGGAGAGCUUCCCCACGCAGGCCAAGCUGAGCGUCCACCAGCGCAGCCACUUUGAGCCAGAGAGGCCCUACCAGUGCGCGUUUUCCGGCUGCAAGAAGACAUUUAUCACAGUGAGUGCCCUGUUUUCCCAUAACCGCGCCCAUUUCAGGGAACAGGAACUCUUUUCCUGCUCCUUUCCUGGCUGCAGCAAACAGUAUGACAAGGCCUGUAGGCUGAAAAUUCACCUUCGGAGCCACACCGGCGAGAGACCUUUCCUUUGUGACUUUGAUGGCUGUGGCUGGAACUUCACCAGCAUGUCCAAACUCUUAAGGCACAAAAGGAAACACGAGGAUGACCGGAGGUUCACGUGCCCUGUGGAAGGCUGUGGGAAAUCUUUCACCAGGGCGGAGCAUCUGAAAGGUCACAGCAUAACCCACUUGGGCACAAAGCCGUUUGUGUGCCCCGUGGAAGGCUGCUGUGCCAGAUUCUCCGCUCGCAGUAGUCUGUACAUUCAUUCCAAGAAACACCUGCAGGAUGUGGACACUUGGAAAAGCCGUUGUCCAGUCUCCACUUGUAAUAAACUCUUCACAUCCAAGCACAGUAUGAAGACUCACAUGGCCAAAAGGCACAACCUCGGCCAGGAUCUCUUAGCUCAGCUAGAAGCUUCGAAUUCUCUUACGCCCAGCAGUGAACUUACCAGCCAGGGACAGAGUGAUCUCAGUGAUGCAGACCUAGUGUCUCUCUUCUCUGAUGUGCCUGGCAGUGGUUCUGCUGCAAUGCUGGACACAGCCUUGGUGAACUCUGGAAUCUUGACAAUUGAUGUGGCUUCUGUGAGUUCAACUCUGGCAGGGAACCUCCCUCCUAAUAAUUCCUUAGGGCAGGCUGUGGACCCCCGGGCCUUGAUGGCCACCAGUGACCUUCCUCAAAGCCUGGAUACCUCUCUCUUUUUUGGAACAACGGCCACAGGUUUUCAGCAGAGCACCUUAGAUAUGGAUGAUGUCCCAAGUGUAAGUGCAGGGCCAUUGGGAUCUCUAGGCUCUUUGGCUAUAAAGAACUCUAGUCAAGAGCCCCAAGCUCUGACCCCCAGCAAUAAAUUAACAGUGGACACAGAUGCUCUAACUCCUUCAAGCGCCCUUUGUGACAACAGUGUCUCAGAACUACUGACGCCAACCAAAGUGGAAUGGAAUGUACAUCCUGACUCUGACUUCUUUGAACGGGAGGAAGAAGCCCCGUUUGGGUUCUCCAGUCCAGCUGGAAACUGUAGUUCUCAGAAAGAAACAGAUCUUACCACAGUGACUGGCAGCGCAUUUUUGGUAUGAACUGUAUUAUUCAUUCAUCAUCCCUUGGCUUGCUUCUGUUACACUCAGUUUGGAGGAUAUGCUGGACAAAAUGUUUAAAUGCAGUCAUUUGUUACUGGUUUGCAAAAGAAUAGAUCCCUGGAGUAUAAAUUGGAGAUUUAAAUUCUGAUCUUGAGUCUGAAACUGACAAGUUUUGUGACCUUGAGCAAGUCACUUAACCCAUCUGAGCCUUAAUUUCCUUAUUUAUAAAAUGAGGGGGGUUGCAUAGGUUGUUUAUAACGUCCUUUUCAGCUUUGUGUUUUCAUGAUUUUGUGUUCUCUUGAAAAAUUUACAAUGAUAACUGUGUUGCAUGUGCUUAAAGAGUUAAUGAUCAGAGGAGCAGUGUUUAUCUUUUAAAAUUUAAUAGAAAUUUUAGGCAGUCCCAGAAUAUUUUUAAAAACUAGUGCUGCAUCUUAAAAGGAAGAAAUCUAAAAAUAUAAAUUGCUUCUUCUUACCUCUCGAUCUUUUUAGCCUUUUUUUGAUGGGAGGGUGUAUUUUUGUUGUGGGAACUGCUAGGGAUAUGACAUGGACCCUGAGUGAAAUAUUGGCUUUGUAAUGUUGAAUAAGUGGCCUUAAAUAAGUUAUUUAGUCUAACUAACCCUUAGUUUUCUAGCUGUAAAACGGUAAUGUCAAUGUGCACAUAACGGGAGCAUCCUUUUUCUAUCCUAGUAGUUGGCAUUGGAGGGAAAAUGUUAAUGUGUUUUGGCUCUUCCAGUGAAUUUUUUUCACCUUUCUAGUCCUUGUUCCUGCUUCCUAAAAGGAGAUAAAUUAGCAUGAUUUAAGAUCACAUUUGGGCAGGCAAGAAAGAGUUAAUUAAGGGGGAAGGGAGUCUCCCUUCCACAGAAUAAGGAUUUUUGUCUACAGGUUCAUGAAAUCGAUUUGCUAGUAUCAUUGCUCUGUGUUUAAAGCCGAGCCAUGGAGUGACUGUGGAGCCUGUUGUUCCAAGAAAAUCUGGGACUCCAACAUAGGGAGAUUUUCUCCCCUCUGUGUCCUGGAGAGUUCAUUGUUUGUCCUCUCCAAAAGUUGAAAUGAGAGGUCUGGUUCGCAUUUUGAGUAGAUGUUGUCUGUCUUACAUGAGUAUAGCAUUUUACAGUUUAUGGAGCAGUUUUACAACCAUUACAGUUCACUGUCAAAAUCCUGUGAUGUAGUUGUGACAAAGUCUGAACUACAACUCAUAGCUAAGUCACAUUCCAGACAGAUUUAGUGACUCUUAAUUCUAUGUAUAGCUCAAAGCAAAGAGGAAAUAUUUCACCUCUUUCCACCCAUCUGAGUUUCAUGAUUUUGGUUUAUAAGCAGUUGCUCUCCUUCACCUUAAUUGAUGUCUUUUACCUUCUGCAGACUCUGUUCCCUCUCCACCCUACUCCCUCAUUCCCUUGCAUGUGCCCCAGUCCUUGUCUUGUAUCUCCUUUUUAAAACAAAUAUCUUAAUAGACAGGUCUCUUUUGUGGUCACUAUCUCUCAUCCAUUCUCCUUAUAGUCCAUUUUUCAAUUCAAAAUAUUAUUUACUGCAAGCCUGUGUCUGCACUGAGAAAUUAUUUUAUGGAUUCAGAUAGCAAUUUGUUCAUAUUUGAAUAAAAUGAUAACUGGGAUAUUUUAUGUAAGGUUUUAGUGAGAAGUACAUUUCUUUUUCAGUACUUUUCUAAAUUUUUCACCAUGUAGUUCUGCUACAAACACUAUUAGUUGCUCUAAAACAUUCUAACCCAGUACUGUUUGCAUGUGGAUGUUAAUGGAUAACAAUUAUAGCACUUUGGCAGUGCACUUUACAAUUUUCCACUUCGAAUGUGUCUGUAUUGUCUUUAUAAUUUUUAAAUUGUUUGUACUCAUUCAGUGAAAAAGCCAAAAAUAUACAUAAAUUUGUGAUGCAAACAAAUGGUCAGAGUUUCAUUGUGUCUAACCAUUUAACAUUCUCCCUCAGCACUUUGGAAUGAUUUGCACGCUUAUGGCUAUUUUGGAAAUGUGUUGUGUUAGUUAAGCCUCCUUAGAUGAUUCUUCUUUUCUUACAAAAAGGAAUGCAGAGGUCUGAGGUGAAUACACAGGUCAUAGCCAUCAUAACCACAAAGAUAUUUUAAAAUUCUGUCACUCAAACGUAUUUCCUCUCAUUAAAAACUAUCAUAAACUAUACUUCUAUUCUGUGGAAUUUUCAAAGGACAAAUUUUACUUAAAGGUAAAAAUUUUAUAGUCAUCUGUGGGCUAACAGGAUUUCUUUCAGUCAAUUUGUUCAAGAGAUUUCUCUUUCAACACCAUUUUCCCAGCACGAUGUUCAGAAGAGCCUGAAAUUACAGUAAGAAGUGUGGCUAUAAACAUAAUGGUUACAUUUCGUUGGUGCUGGUAUAAAUUUGCCAUUGUUCUUUUAAACAAUGGAGCUUGAUUUAAUUUCAUCUCUUUUGCCCUUUGCUGCUUUUCAGUCCUUGGCUUAUUAGAGUUUUGCCAAUAGAAAACACAAUAGCAAGAUGCCUUGUAAAAAGGUCAGCAUCCAAGUGGCUGUGUUGAGCUUGUUCCUCAUGAGUUAACAUACUGGCAUUUUUACCAGUGAUCUUACUAUGUUGUUAGGCUCUAUUAAGUUGGUUCUGUCUCAGUGACCCCAUGUACAACAGAAUGAAACGCUAAAGGCUUGUGUAAUACAAGUAAAACUUGAUAAGACUGUGAGAAUCAUUUUUUCCCUGUAGAUUAAAUGCUUUAUGUUUCCAUCCAGGAAAAAUAAGACAAAGCUUUAGUAUAACAAGGCAUUUGCCACUAUUACUUGAUUCCAGAUAAAGCAUGAUUAACUCUCUGCUUGGAAGUAUUCAGAACCCCUUAGUAAUGCUUGAUUAUCAAACAGAUUUGGUAACAAUAAGGCCUAAUUUAGAUGCAGCUCACUCAGUAUGUGAUAAUUGAAAUAUAAGGCUGAGCUGAAAUUUAUUUUCAUACUGCUUUUGAACAUAAGGUUUGCUAAGCAAUUAAAAUGAGCAAAAUACGUGUUGGGGGCCGAGAGGACAAAUUGUCUAAGCUUUUUGUCAGAAAACAACUAUAUACAAAAAGAAAAGUGCUCAUUAAAAGUGAAUUUUAUCUUUUUGUGAGAUCUGAAUUGAUGGGGCUUUUGGUAAAUGUUUUAAGCUAGGGACCCCAUUGUAUAUUUCAAGUUAAUAUAUUUUCCUAACUACAAGAAAAAUGUAAAGUACUAGGGAUAUAGAUAUGAGGGGCAAAAUAUGAGCCAUAUCUUCAUUUUGAAGAGGACAAAGAAAUUCAAAUAUUAAACAUUUCAAAAAUAAACAACACCAGCCCACAUGUUUUCAGACAGUGAGUCAAUGGCUUGGAGAAAGAGGGGCAGGAGCUAUAGGCUUUAAUGGAUGGUUAGGUCUAUUUUUUUUAGGUCUACUUGUGUAGAGAAGAGGUUUGGUGCGUUCCAGCCAGGAGAAGCAUUACAAAUGGAAUUGACCACACAGCACUGAGAAAGCCAACCUAGCUGAAAAGCAGGACUUAUGUUUGGUGUUUGUUGGGUGUUAGAAUUGGGUAGCCAAUAUGGAGCCAACCUCUAGAGGGCUAUGAAAACCAGUCAGAGUAGAUAGGACUUGAUCUGGGCAGAAUUAAGAGCCAGUGAAGAUAUUUGAGAACAGAAGUCAAAGGAGUGGAUCCUUACAGUAUGGAUUUGAUGAGACAGAAAUUAGAAAUAAGGAAAUGAGUUAGCAGUCUGUGGAAACCCUGAUGGCAUAGUGGAUAAGAGCUAUGGCUGCUAACUAAAAACGUCAGCAGUUCAAAUCCAUCCACUAUGCGCUCCUUGGAAACCCUAUGGGGGCAGUUCUACUCUGUCCUAUAGGGUGCUGUGAGGAAGACUUGGACUGGAGUGGUGGUGGAAAGGAACUGAUAUAACACAUGUUUCCAAAUUCAGGAAACAAAUAUAACUUGGUGACUCAUUAUUGAAUAUAUAGGCCAUCUAUCAAAAAGAGAGAGGAAGAUCAGAAAUAAUUCUAAUGAUUUCAUGGAGAAUGUAAAUAUUACAUUUCAUUUACAUGAAAGGUCACAUUGAAAUCUUUCCAGGAAUGUAUAUGUAAAGAUGAUUAGAGCAUGUUUAAUUAAUUGGAGAGUGAUAAAUCAUAUUUAUGCCUGAGUGUACACAUCAUGCAUUAUCCACACUAUUAGGUGGUGGGGCAAAUUCAUCUUGUCUCCCUCACACGCUCUCCAAUUCACCUUUAAUGUUUGCACUCUUGCUUCCCUUUAACUAUUCACAGCUCUCUUCAGCCACUUCAAAUACUUACAAUACUCCUCUGCGUCAAAAUGAGCUAUGCUAUCUCUGUCUGCACUUCUUUCUUACUUACUAGAGAUAUUCAACAGAUAUUUUAUGUGGGAGCUUAUUAGUGUAACAAAUCCAAAAAAAAAAAAAAAAACAACCCUUUGCCUUCAAGCCAAUUCCAACUCAUAGCAACCCUAUAGGACAGAGUAGAACUGCCCCAUAGGGUUUCUAAGGAGUGGCUGAUGGAUUCAAACUGCUGACCUUUUGGUUAGCAGCCAUAGCUCUUAACCACUGUGCUGCUAUAAUUUGGGGGAUGCUGUUUUGUCAUUAAUUUCAAUAGUUCUUAUGAUAAACUUUGUUAGACUUAGUUCUACCUGUUUUUUCUCAGUUUGGAAGAGGCAGGACUAGCCAAAAAAAAAAAAAAACCAAACCCAGUGCCGUUGAGUCAAUUCUGACUCAUAGCGACCCUAUAGGACAGAAUAGAGCUGCCCCAUAGAGUUUCCAAGGAGCGCCUGGAGGAUUCAAACUGCCGACCCUUUGGUUAGCAGCUGUAGCACUUAACCACUAUACCACCAGGGUUUUGUGUAAAAACUAACUUUCAUAGAUAUGUGACAUAUGAUCCUUGGGGCUCUUUACUCAGAAUCCUGCCACUAGCUAUCAUGUUGAGGCACUCUAACAUAUUCUCUCCAUUUUAUAGUUCCCCUGACCUCUAAUGGUAAUAACCCAGAAUAAUGGAGUGGAUAAAAAAAGUGAGAGAGUAGUACAAAUAACUUCCUGGGGAUCUCAUUUGGUUUGAUGACGAAUUUGAUUGCUGCCCUGCAUUGUCAACAGAGCAAUUAAUCUCAUUCUAGUUUUCUGCUGACAUUAUGGACAUUCAAAAUACAUCGACUGUCACUUUGCGUGUAGAAAAUACCCUCAGUAUUUUUAAACAAAGCAUCCAUAAUAAGGUGUCAAUAAUUAUUCACUAAUAAGCGUCAGUCUCUUAGGGAUAUCUCUUAUCAUUACCAUCAUGACAAUCAGCAGGUAGGUAUUGAAAGCAUAAAACAAAAGUAUAUUUCAUUAAUUCAUGCAAGCAAACAUUUUUCAGCACAUAUUUGACAAAUUCUGUCCUUAUGCUCAAGCAUAUGAUCUAUAUGGAAAAACAGAAAUCAGCAAGCAAUGAAAAACAAUAUAUAAUCAAGUUCUAAAUGGCUGUAACUUGGAAUUAAAAAAAAAUUAUUGCCGUCGAGUCCAUUCCGACACAUGGCGACCCUAUAGCACAGAGUAGAACUGCCCCAGAGAGUUUCCAAGGAGUGCCUGGUGGAUUAGAACUGCUGACCUUUUGGUUAGCAGCCAUAGUUCUUAACCACUACCCACCAGGGUUUCCUCACAUAUUUAAUUAGAAUAGCAGUUGUCAUUCUCGGAGUAUGGACUGAAGAUAGUGAUGAGGAAAAUUCAAUGCAUGGAUUAUCAAAAGCUAUUACAAGAAGUUAUAAGAAUCUAACAUUUAAAUUGGGAGACAGCAAUUAGGACAAACCAUUCUAAAAUAAAAUUUUAACAGAGUUCUAUGUGAUAAUUAUAGCAAAACGCUUUGGGAAAUAAAUUCUAAAUUAUGCUUUAUUUUUAUUUGCUCUAGAAUUUUUUUGUGGAAUCCUAGAUAUAUUGUUUUAUAUAUGGAAGUGAUCUUUUAGAAAUCGUGUAAGACAAAUAUGUUAUUUUCAAAUGAGAAAACCAUAGCACAUACUACAAAUGGUAUUAAGCUUGUAUUUUUCUAAGAAAAAUUUUCUUUCAUCAUAGCAGAAAUAUAAGAAAAAUUUAAUCUUCUGAAAAAAAAAUGAGGACUUUAGAAAAUAAUUCUAUCAUGCAGGUGAGGACUCACUUUCCCACUUGGGUGUCACUGUUGUUUAUGUACUUAGAAAGCAAUAGGGUUUGAGAAAAUUGUUAAAAUAUAUGUUUGCAAUUAUAAUUUUAGAAGUUUUGCUAAUUUGAAAAUGUAGAAACGGGCUAGCUGUACUACUUUCUAGAUAUCAGAGAGGGCUUAUGGAAAGGAGGAAGGACAAAAUCAUUAGAAACAAAAGUAAAUUCAUUUCUGUCACUAAACCAGAUUUUGUAUUUAUUGAUUUUGCUUAAAAUCCAGUAUUGUGUAUUAUAUAACAUAAAACCAUUUUAGAAGAUUCUAUCUACAACACUGAGACUUUAGGUAAGACCUUAAAAAUUUUUUUAAGACCAUAAAAGUUUGACUGACUAUAAAAAAAAAAAUUUUAUUGUGCUUUAACUGAAAGUUUACAAAUCAAGUCAGUCUCAUACAAAAUCUUAUACAUACCUUGCUAUGUACUCCUAGUUGCUCUCUCUCUAAUGAGACAGCACACUCCUUCUCUCUACCCGGUAUUCCCGUGUCCUUUCAGCGAGCUUCUGUCCCCAUCUGCAUUCUCAUCUCCCCUCCAGACAGGUGCUGCCCACACAUAGUCUCAUAUGUCUACUUGAGCCAGGAAGCUCACUCCUCACCAGUAUCAUUUUCUAUCUUAUAUUCCAGUCCAAUCCCAGUCUGAAGAGUUGGUUUGGGGAAUGGUUCCAGUCUUGGGCUAACAGAAGGUCUGGGGACCAUGACCUCCAGGGUCCUUCUAGUCUCAGUCAGACCACUAAGUCUGGUCUUUUUACAAGAAUUUGAGGUCUGCAUCCCACUGCUCUCCUGCUCCAUCAGGGAUUCUCUGUUGUGUUCCCUGUCAGGGCAGCCAUCAGUUGUAGCCCGGCACCAUCUAGUUCUUCUGGUCUCAGGCUGAUGUAGUCUCUGGUUUAUGUGGCCCUUUCUGUCUCUUGGGCUCAUAAUUACCUUGUGUCUUUGGUGUUGACAUAUUUUAUUUUGAUAGUAGGUGUUGGAUACUCCUUUUCACUGCUAAAUCUAUGUACCAAAUCUACUGACUAUUAUAAAAACUCACUGGGGAGAAUCUUGUUUGCAAAGUGAUUCUGACUGUCCUUCACUAUAGAUUCUUUUGGGGCAAAAAAUUCCUAAAAGAUAAAAUGUAACUUAAAUUUACAAAAAUCAUUGACAAUUCUUUUCCAAAAUAGAUAUGAUAAAGUUUUUUAAAAAAAAGGUUAAUUUUGCCCUAUAGCCAGGUGUUGUAUCUUUGCUUGACAGCAUCUGGAUAAAAGCAUAAUAGCACUUUUUGAAAUUCUGGAAGUAUUCUCCAGUUAGAGUAGCAAUAUGAAACCAUAAAAUAGAUAUUAUAGAAUCAUUGGUUGUCUGUCCAUCUAAUACCACCUGGCUUUCAGAAAUUCCAUGAAUAUAUAGUGCUAAAAAAUAAUAAUAAUAAAAAAGAAAUUAAAACAUAGGGUUUAUUGGAGCAGUUGCUCUACAUGCAUAUAGGGAGACCAUUCUGAUUCUUAAUAAAACAAGACUCAAUGUAGGUUAUUUACAAUAAAGCUUUUAAAGAGAAGAGGAGGGAGUAGGAUAGAUAAUAACAAUUGGCUAAUCUUAAUGUGAUUGAUUGAACUAUGCCCCCCCUUUAUUGUGAUCAUCUGGCUUCAAAUUCAUAGCCAAUCUCUGCCCUCCCUGCCUCCCCUCUCCGCGUCUCUCUCUCUCUCUCACACACACACACACACACACACACACGUUCAUUUGCACAAAUCUUAGGUGUAGUUUUUUUUUUUCUUAAUAAAUACAAGUUUUCAUGGUGACAAUAUUUAAUGGCUAUUUAACAUUCAAAAGUGAAGCUUGGCCCUUUAACUAUUUGUAGCUGUGAGACCUCUUGAAAUUAAAAUGAAGGGAGCACACAGUCUUUUUUAUAAAAUCACUAUAAAUGGAUUUGUUAUUGGCUACCAUUUUUUAAGCCAAAUAAGACAAAUUAACAAUGCUGCAGAGUAGUUUAGCAGUUCCUGGUGAAAAAACAAGUUAAAGUUUUAUAGUUUUGGGUCAGAUUUUUACUGUUAAUUUUGGGCAUGUGGGUAAGUGAAACCCUUUGAAAUCAAAGUAACAUGUCUAUUUUUAAUUUUAUUUUAUAUUAGUAAGAAUGAAAAGUUUUCCAAAUUUAGGUCCUGCCUAUGAAAUGCUGAAAUGUGGUUAAAUGAGAUGCUGCUGAUUAUUUUACAUGAUAAUACGAGUAGUCAGUGCUUUUAACUAUUUCUACUCCAAAUACUCUUUAGAGUAUUUUUAAACUGAAUGUUAAUAUUUGAUUCAUGCCAUUGAAGUGGCUAAUUCAUUUUUUAUCUUAUUUUCCUUUUCAAAAUAGAUGGAUUAUUGUUUCCAGUUUUUGCGAGUAUUAAUUAUACUUCAAUAAACAUUUAAAUACCCAUUUUCCAGUAAGCAUAUGUGCACACUUCUGUGGGUUAAGUAUCUAUAAAUGGAACUCGGUCAUGGUAUGCCGAGUUUUAGUAACUACUGUCAAACACUUUUCAGACAUGUUUGUACUAAUUUACAUUCCCACCAGCAGUUACAACAAUUCUCCUUACCCCAACACCUCAUAGUGUUUGGCUUUUUUUCAUUUAGCCAUUCUGGUAGGUAUUUAUUGGAAUUUAAUUUUGGUUUUAAUACACAUUUCUCAACUAAAAUCAGAAAUUAUUGCAUAGAUAAUUAUAAAAGGAGAAAGCUUGCAUUGUAUAAAAAAUUUCAAAUGUACCAAUUUAUUUUAAAGAUGCUUUAUAGUGAAUUUUCUAGAAGUUUGUGUUUGAGGAAAAUAUAAUCGAAUACCAAAGAAAUGCAUAUUAAUGUAGUUCAGUAAUUAAUAAAAAUAACUAUGAAUUAGUUGGCCUAGUGACACUUUGGGGCCCUGGUGGGGUGGUAGUUAAGCAUUUGGCUGCUAACCAAAAAGGUUGGCAGUUUUAAUCCACAACCUUUCCAUGGAAACCCUAUGGGGCAGUUCUACUCUGUCCUGUAGGGUCCCUGUGAAUUGGAACCAACUCCACGGCAAUGGGUUUUUUUUUUUUUUUUUAGUGACAUUUUGGACAUAACUGCUGGUUAUUUUUACAUGUUGUUAGCUGCCUUCCAGUCAACCCCUGACCCAAGAUGACCCCAUGUAGAAAGGGAUCAGACUGUUGUGAUACAUAGGGUUUAUUUAUUUUUUUCUAGAUCUGGCUGACUUUCUUCUUUUUCUUUUUUUAUUACAGUGAUAUACAUACAACCAAACAUACAAUAUUUCAUCAGUUUCUACAUGUACACUUCAAUGACGUUGAUUACAUUCUGCAUGGUGUGCAGCCAUUCUCUUUUUCCAAAUUAUUCCACCACAAUUAACAUGCAUUCAAUGCAUUAUAAGCAAAACUUCCCACUUUCCCCCCUCCCUGUCACCCCUGGUAAACACUAAUUACUUACAGUGUCCAUAUAUUUGCUUGUUUUAUAUAAGUGAUAUUAUGUAGUAUUUGCCCCUUCUUGUCUGAUGUAUUUUGUUCAGCAUAAUGUCCUCUAGGUUCAUCCAUGUUGUAGCAUGCGUCAGGACUUCAUUCCUCUAUGGUUGAGUAUAUUCUAUAGUAUAUACAUACCACAUUCUGUUUAUCCAUUCAUCAGUUGAUAGACAUUUUGGUUGUUGGCACCUUUUGACUAUUGUGAGUAGUGUUGCCACCGUUUGGCUAUUAUGAAUAGUGCUGCAGUGAACAUUGGUAUACAUGUGUCUGUUCUUGAAGCUGCUUUCAGGCGUUUUGGCUAUAUGGUCGCUAUGAGUCGGAAUUGACUUGAUGGUAAUGGGUUUGGUUUUGGUAUAUGACUAAGAGUGGAAUUGCUGGGUCAUAUGGCAGUUCUAUGCUCAACUUUUUGAGGAACGGCCAAAUUGUUUUUCCACAGUGGUUGUACCAGUUUACAAUCCCACCAGCAAAGGAUUGGGGUUCCCGUUUCUCCACAACAUCUCCAAUGCCUAUUGUUUUCAGCUUUUUUCAUCAGUGCCAUUCCAAUGAGGGUGAGAUGGUAUCUCAUUGCGGUUUUGAUUUGCAUCUUCCAACAGCAAGGGUUUGGUUUGGUUAAUGCCUAAUGACUUUCAGCAUCUUGGUGAAAUGUCUGUUCAUGUCCUUAGCCCAUUUUGUGAUUGAGUUGUUUGUAUUUUUGUUAAGUUGUAGAAGUAUUUUAUAAAUUUUGGAUAUUAGACCCCUAUCAGAUAUAUGGUUCCCAAAAUUUUUCUCCCAGUCUAUAGGCUGUCUUUUCACUUUUUUGAUAAAGUCUUUGGGUGAACAGGAUACUUAAUUUUCAUGAGGUCCCAUCUGUCUAUUUUGUUUUUUGCUGCUCAUGUUUUUGUUGUCAUAUCAGAUAAUCCCUUACAAAAACCUAGGUUCCACAGCUUCACCCCUAUGUUUUAUUUUAUUAAUUUUUUAUGGUUUUAGUUUUCAGAUUAAGGUUCCUGAUUCUUUUUUAAUUGUUUUUUGUGUAUGGUGUAAGGGGUUUGAUCCUUGUUCAUUCUGUUGCAUGUGGAUAUCCAGUUUUCCAAGCACCAUUUAUUGAAGAGAUUCUUCCUUUCACAUUGGAUGGAUUUAGUACCCUUGUAAAAAAUCAGUUGUCCUCCAGUGUAUUUCUGGGCUCUCAAUUCUCUUUCAUUGGUCUGUCUAUGUAUCAGUUAUUAUACCAGUACCAGGGUGUUUUAAUUAGUGUAGCUUUAUAGUAUGUUUUGAAGUCAGAAAGUGUGAGUAUUCCUAGUUUAGGGUUGCUUUAGCUAUUCAGGGUCCCUUGUUCUUCCAUAUAAAUUUGAGGAUUAGCUUUUCCAUUUCUGUCAAGAAGGCUGUUGGAAUUUUGAUGGGGAUUGGAUUGAAUUUAUGGAUUGUUUUGGAUACUAUUGACAUCUUAAAUAUAUUAAGCCUUCCAAUCCACCAACACAGAAUAGCUUUCAAUUUAUUUAGGUCCUCUUUGAUUUCUUGUUUUUAUUUAUUUUUUUGAGGAGCCCUGGUGGUGCAGUGGUUAAAGUGUUUGGCUGCUAACUGGAAGAUUGGCAGUUUGAACCCACCAUAGGAGAAAGAUGUGGCAGUCUGCUUCAGUAAAGAUUUCAGCCUUGGAAACCCAGUGGGGCAGUUUUAUCCCAUUUUAUAGGGCAGCUAUGGGUCAGAACCCAUUCAACAGCAAUGGUUUUGGUUUUUUGGUCUAAUUUCUUUUAGCAAUGUUUUAUAGUUUUCUGUAUGCAGGUCUUUUACCUUCCUUGUUAGAUUUAUUCCUAGGCUUUUUAUUCUUUUAAAUGCUAUUGUAAAAGGUAAUAGUGUUUUCAUUGGCUGAUUUUUUGGAAGUAGAUCCCUAGGCCUUACUUCCUAGUCUCUCUUAGUCUGUCAGCUCUGCACACAAUUGCCCACUGACAGAUGGAUUGUGGCUGCACCUGAUGUGCAAUAGUUGGGAAUUGAACAUGGGCCUCCCUCUUGGAAAAUGAGAAUCCUACCAUUGAACUAUCACUGCUGUCCUCAUAGUGACAUUUUAACUGUGUCACUAUAUGUUUCUGCUGCUCUCUUAAUGCAUAUGUUUCUAUGUGAUGAGACUGUUUCCUAGUUACUAUAUUAAAAAAAAAAACAACAAAAAA